UCUGCGUCGCGACGCUCAUACGAACGACUCAGCCACCACUGUCAGGCGGCCGACCACACGCUGGUUCCUUCCGACGCACGCACCGACAUUUUGAACGCGCACUUUUUCGCCCCCAUCUCGAACCGCAACCCUUGGACGACGUAGACGAUGUCUUCCUCUGUGGCGAGGAGCUCCAAGUACUCCUACCGGUCUAGCGGGGCAGCCGGAGGCGCUGCCGACGUCAGCAUCGAGUACAGCGCGGACCUGACCGCGUUAUCCAGACUCGAGGACAAAAUCCGCCUUUUACAAGAAGACCUCGAAGUAGAAAGAGAACUCAGAUCAAGAAUUGAAAGGGAGAAAGCCGAUCUGAGCGUGCAGGUUAUCCAACUGUCGGAACGGCUGGAGGAGGCCGAAGGCGGAGCUGAGAGUCAGUUCGAAAUCAACAAAAAGAGGGACACCGAGCUGCUGAAACUCCGCAAACUUCUCGAAGAUGUUCAUAUUGAGUCGGAGGAGACCGCCGCCAUCCUCAAAAAGAAACACCAGGAGAUCGUCGUGGAUUUUCAAGAUCAAAUCGACACUCUAGCUAAGGCUAAAUCGAGGGCGGAAAAGGAAAAGAGCAAAUUCCAAAGCGAGGUGUACGAGCUGCUCUCUCAAGUGGAAAGCGUGAACAAGGAGAGGCUCAUCUCGGUGAAGCACGCCGAAAAGUUGGAGAUCACCAUCAACGAGCUCAACGUCAGGAUCGAAGAAUUGAACCGGACCAUCGUCGAUAUCACCUCCCACAAGCAGCGCCUCUCCCAAGAGAACAUCGAGCUCACCAAAGAAGUCCAAGACAUCAAGGUCAAUCUCGAAAACGCCAUCUACUUGAGAUCCCAACUCGCGAGUCAACUAGAGGACGCCCGUCGCCGCGCGGAAGACGAUGAAAGAAGAAGGUCGCUCCUGGAAGCCCAACUGCACCAGGUCGAAGUGGAACUCGAGUCCAUCCGGGUGCAGCUGGAGGAGGAAAGCGAGGCCCGUCUCGACCUUGAAAGGCAACUGGUCAAGUCUCAGGGCGAAGUACAGGUGUGGAAAUCCAAAUACGAGACUGAGGCGGCCGCCCGCGCGGAAGAAGUGGAGGAGCUGCGACGCAAGUUCAACGCGCGCCUGCAAGAACAAGAGGAGCACAUCGAGGCCCUCCUGGUCAAGGUCAACAACCUCGAGAAGCAAAAGUCGCGCCUGCAAUCGGAGGUCGAGGUCCUCAUCAUCGAUCUCGAGAAAGCCAACAACACCGCCAGGGAGUUGCAGAAACGCGUGGAGCAGCUGGAGAGGAUCAACAUUGACUUGAAGAGCCGCCUGGAUGAAACGGUGCAGUUGUACGAACAAAGUCAGAGGGAUCUGAGGAACAAGGUGACGGAGCUGCAGAGGACGGUCCACGAGUUGGACAAGACUCGCGAGCUGAAAGAUGCACUGGCCAGGGAGAACAAGAAGCUGGCUGACGACCUUGGCGAUGCCAAAGUUACCAUCACCGAACUGACCCGCCGUCUCCACGAGAUGGAGUUGGAGUUGCGCCGCCUGGAGAACGAACGCGAAGAGCUCACCGCAGCGUACAAAGAAGCGGAAGCCGGUCGCAAAGCUGAGGAACAGCGGGCUCAGCGUUUGUCUUCCGAGUUAGCGCAAUUCCGCCACGAAGCAGAAAAACGCCUCCAGGAGAAGGACGAAGAGAUUGAAGCUAUACGCAAAGCGACUAGCAUCGAGAUCGAGCAGCUGAACGCGCGUGUCGUCGAAGCGGAGACCCGCCUGAAGACCGAGGUCCAGCGCGUGAAGAAGAAGCUCCAGAUUCAAAUCACCGAGCUGGAGAUGUCCCUGGACACUGCCAACAAGACCAACAUCGACCUGCAGAAGACCAUCAAGAAGCAAUCGCUGCAACUGACCGAGAUCCAGGCGCACUACGAGGAAAUCCAGCGUCAGCUGCAGGUCACCCUCGAUCAGCUCAGCGUGUCCCAGAGGAGAGUCCAGGCCCUGACCGCCGAAGCGGAAGAGAUCCGUGGCAACUACGAAGGGGCGCUACGCGGCAAGAAACACGCCGAACAGCUGUAUGAAGAGGCUAGCACCCGCAUCAACGAAUUGACCACCAUCAACGUCAACCUGGCCUCCUCCAAGAGUAAACUCGAACAGGAACUGUCCACGAUAGUAGCCGACUACGACGAGGUCACGAAAGAGUUGAGGAUUUCCGACGAACGCUACCAGCGUAUCCAGGCCGAACUGAAACACACAGUCGAGAUCCUCCACGAAGAGCAGGAACGCGUGGUGAAGAUCGAGGCGAUCAAGAAGAGCUUGGAGAUCGAGGUUAAGAACUUGUCCGUGCGUUUGGAGGAGGUCGAGGCCAACGCGAUCGUCGGUGGCAAGCGCAUCAUCAGCAAACUGGAGGCGCGCGUGCGCGACAUGGAGGCCGAACUAGAUGAAGAGAAACGUCGCCACGCGGAAACCAUAAAGAUCCUGCGCAAGAAGGAGCGCACCGUCAAGGAGGUGAUGAUCCAAUGCGAGGAGGACCAAAAGAACAUCGCCCUGCUCCAGGAAGCGCUCGACAAGUCCAACCAGAAGAUAGUGUUGUUCAAGAGGCAGCUGCAGGAACAGGAGGGCGUGUCGCAGCAGAGCGUCACUCGCGUUCGCCGUUUCCAGAGGGAAUUGGAGGCGGCUGAGGACCGCGCCGACACAGCCGAAAGCAGCCUGUCGCUAAUCAGGGCCAAGCACCGCACUUUCGUUACCACCAGCUCGGUGCCCGGUUCGCAGGUGUACUUGGUGCAGGAGAGCAGGACGCAAGAGCUGUGAUUCAGAUGUACCGAACAGCUCCGACCGCCCGAUUAUCGUUAACAAGAGGUUGUUUUUUUUUUAAUUUAUUUUUUCCGUCGUGCACAUAAUCAAAUACAGAUUGAUGGCGAUUCAUACUAUUUGUUGAAGCGUGUCGCUAUGUACGUGUAUGGGUGGUGGUUUGUAGGUUUCAGCAAGUGCUAUCCGUUAUCGAUAUGGGGGAGAUGGGGGUGGCGCAUAACGUUAUAUGUAAGUUUGGAUGUAUCAUGUAAGAAUAAAUUGCUUGUACACAGAA